AUGGCUUCUUCUUCUUCUAAUCCCUUCCUGUUUGCUUUUAUUUCUGUUGUUUGCUUCUUCUUCUUCUUGAUAGAGAACGAACCCUUUGUUUCUGCAAUAACGAGGAAAGAAGCCAGUGAGCUUCUUCAACAAACUCAACAUCAUGUUCAUCUCACCUCUUUCUUCCCUUCUUCAUCUUGCACCUCUCCUCCUAAAGGUGCAAGCAGGAAGGGAUAUUUGGAAGUAGUACACAAGCACGGCCCAUGUUCAGAACCGAAGCAACAAACAUCAUCAUCUUCAUUUAUUAUACCGCACAGAGAAAUCCUGAUGCGAGACCAAGCGAGGGCUAGGUCAAUCCACUCUAAGCUUUACAGGAGACACAACUAUAAUGAAGUAGCAAAAGUAGAUGUUAGUUCAAAUCGCAGGUUGGACCGGGUUCAGCUUCCGGCCAAGUCCGGCGUCCUUCUCGGGACCGGGAACUACUUUGUCACGGUGGGGCUGGGAAGCCCCAAGAGAGAUCUGUCUCUGGACUUCGACACAGGCAGUGACCUAACUUGGACUCAGUGUGAGCCCUGUCUUGGUUCUUGCUAUUCCCAGAAACAACCAGUCUUUGACCCUUCUCACUCUUCUUCUUACUCCGAUGUCUCUUGCUCAUCUUCUCAGUGCUCCCAGCUUCUCUCUGCCACUGGAUUUUUUCCAUUAUGUAAUACAACAACAAGGGCUUGCAUGUACGGUCUUAUCUAUGCUGACGAAUCCACCUCCAUUGGCUUCUUCGCUAAGGAAAAACUAACCAUAUCUCCGACCGAUGUCUUCGACGACUUCCUUUUUGGCUGCGGCCAGAACAACACAGGUCUCUUCGGCGGCACCGCUGGGUUGCUCGGUCUCGGUCGCGAUCCGCUCUCCUUCGUCCAACAAACCGCGCAUAAGUACCACAGAAUCUUUUCCUAUUGUCUUCCGUCGACUCCAAGUGCCGUCGGCUACCUCAACUUUGGCCCCAGUCAUAGGUACUCCUACGGCGACGUCAAAUACACUCCGUUCUCCUCCAUCUUCAAGAACUCCUCCUUCUACGGCCUUGACUUCGUCGGAAUAUCUCUCGGUGGCGUCAAUAUCCCGAUCUCUGCCUCCUCCGGCACGGUUAUUGACUCUGGUAGUGAAGUCACCUGGCUCCCUCCGGCGGCGUACAGUUCCCUGAGAGACGAGUUUCAGAGACAGAUGUGGAGGUACCCGAAGGCGGAUCCGGUUGAAGUACUGGACACGUGCUACAAUCUGCGUGGGUACGAAGUUGUUCACUUGCCGAAGGUUUCAUUGACGUUUGGAGGUGGGGUGAACGUGACGUUGGACGCAUCGGGGAUUCUGUAUGUUGUGAGCAAAGAACAGGCGUGUUUAGGGUUUGCUGCGAAUAAAGUUGAUGGCGAUGAAGGUGAUGAUGUGGUUAUUAUUGGCAAUACACAGCAGAAAACACUGGAGGUAGUGUACGAUGUUGAUGGUGAAAGGAUUGGGUUUAGAUCUCACGGCUGCAAAUGAUAGAUUCUUAAAUUUAUUAGUGUUAUUAUGAUGUCAACAAAAAUCAAUAAAUCCAAGUAGCUUAUAAGUUGAUAUAUUAUAAGCAUGAGUAAGGUAAGGAUAUGCUUAUAUCUGUCUACUUAUAUAUUUAAAGUGAUCUAAUUCAUGAGUUUGCCAGGUAAAGCAAGAGACUUUUAGACGUUGGUUGUUAGGGCUUAUAUUGU